CCACUUCCAAGCUGAGCAUUUCCGAGUGAGCUUGAAGGCAUCACGACGGAUCUCGUUGCAAGGUUUCUUUCGUCCUCCUCGAGGGAACCGAACCGAUCCGGGACCGGCUCCGAGCGCUCACGCUCUCAUUUUUCCUUCUCCUCCACUUCGCGGGUUUCUUUGUUGAGUCACCGAUCCGCCGGGAUGGCUCGCAGCGGUUCUUCUGUGCCGCCGGCUCCGUCAUGCCCGUCCUCAAGAACCUUCCGGUGCGCCUGAAGGGCGGCGGCCCCACUUUGGACAACGCCCUCUUCAUUCGCAGGAUGAGCCUCAACAUCAGCCCCCGCCACCGGAACCCCUUCGACGACGGCGCCGACGACGGCGCCGACCGAUCCUGGUCGCCGGGCGGAUCCUUCCUGGACGCCGACGUUUCCGGCGACUGCAACCCGUUUGAGGUUGAGGAGGACGAGAACGAGGCCAACGAGGAGAAAAAGGUCAAAAGGGGGCGAGACGGCUCGGGGAAAGGGUCCUUCAUCAAGUCGCCCCUGAAGAGUUUGGGGAAACUCGGCAAAAAUUUGAGGUUGUCGAGCCGAGGGAAGGAUGGCGCCGCCGGAUCGCCGUCGCCGCAGGGAACGCCGUCGCCGGCCGAAAAGAAGAAGAGGGGUCGCAGGAGCUCGGAAGGAAGCCUGCUCAGGUUUGCGGGCAAAUACCGCGACACCUUGAGCUUCCGCAAAGAGACUCUGGCCAACGGCGACACAAACUGUUCGGAGAGCGAGGGCGACUCGUCCAGCCGCCGCCUGUCCUUCAUGAAGAUGGUCGGCCUGGGCAAGACCAAGCGAGAGCUCGGGGCCGACCCGUCCUCGCAGGCCGCCGAGGACCAGGCGGCGCGCAAGGAGCCCGAGGUGGAGGUCAAGCCCAGGGAACCUCUGUCAGUGCUGGAGAUCCUCCAGCUGGUGAAGAAGCGCGACCUCCUCCUGGCCGACACGCACAUCCUGGAGCUGGAGCAGGAGUGCUGCGGGCCCCAGGGCGGCCCGGCCCCGGAGGACGGCGGGCGGCGGAAGGCCAAAGACGUGGAGUUGCUGUACGAGGAGCUGCAGAAGGAGCUGUGGGCGGUGGUCAGGGAGUCGCUGCGCUCGCCCACCGCCGGGCCCAACCUGGGCCUGGUGGUUCAGGUGCUGCAACAGGAGGAGGUGGUGGACGCGGGCCGGCUGGCGUCGGCCGGCCCGAGGCCGCGGCAGCUGAAGCGGCGCUGGAGGGAGGCGGUGGAGGACGCGGCCGACGGCUCGCUGCCUCAGAAGACCGAGUUCACCGCCGGGGAGCUGGCCGGCUACCUGGACGGGGUCCGGGCCCGCGUGGUCGACGACCUGGACGCCGCCAAGAGGAACGUGGUCAACAUUUACCCCGGGGAGUACCAGGCCCUGCAGGUGUACACGCGAAGUUACCACCAAGCGGUCGCCAGGCGACUGCAGGCCAUCACCGAGCAGCAGCUGCAGAUCACCGACAUUUACUCGCUGCUCGACUGGCUGUACAACAUCUACAACAGGGAUGUUCUGGCCAAGGUGUGCGUGUCGGACCCUCUGCGGGGCUCUCAGCUGGGACCUCUGCUGCCGUCGGACGUCGUGGACAGGCUGGAACAAGACUGCCUCAACUCCGUCAGGGCCAAAGUCACCACCGAGUUGAGUCAGGUCCUGGACGAGGAGGAGAGGAGGUGGAUGGAGAUGCUGCACGUGGAGGAGUACCACAUCCCUCUGGCAAAAACCAUCAUACAGAGGCUGCAAAUCGAUCUGGAACGUUCCGCCUCCAUCAACAGAAGUUUGGGCUCCAGAGUGGCUCAGUGCAGCCUCAACGGCCUGGCGGACUUCCUCUACUGUUUCCAGCGUAAAGUGGAGAUGUUCCACGAGGGGAUGCAGAGCGGAAUGUUCGGCGAGCACGAAGACGGAUACGUGUCCAAAACCGUUGCGCUCGUCAACUGCUGCCCGCCGUUCAGAUGUUUCGUGCAGCGUUGCGUUCCGCGCGAGACGAUGACGACGGCUAGCGACGAUUCGCUGCGGCGCGCCAACAGGGCGCUCGACCACAUCGUCCAGCAGGGGGUGCGAGUGCUCUCCGAGCGCCUCUUCCUCCACAUCAGGCCAUUUUUCGAGCGCUUGGUGAAGAGAAAGUGGCUGAACAAUGCGGAGCCGUACGAACAGAUUGAAGCGGCCGUCAAGGAACACUUCAAGAAAUAUCACAGGAUGGACGACCCUCCCUACCAGCUUCUGGUGGCGGAAGUUCACCGGCGCGUCCUGAUGGAGUACCUCCGCUCCGUGAUGCGAGGCCGAAUCAUCUGCACGUCGCUCAAGAUGAGGAAGAGGAUGGCCGGACGCCUACGAGACGAAGGGCGGCAGAUCAAAGCCCUCUUCAAGGAUCUGGAGUCUCCGUCGAGCUGGUUGGACGGCGCUCUGGCUCACAUCUCGGAGCUCAUCCAGCUGGAGGACAUUCCGUCCAUCCAGAUGGAGGUCGGAGUUCUGGCGCAAGAGUUUCCAGACGUCAGGAAGAAGCACGUGUCGGCCAUCCUUAACAUCCGCGGGAUGACGCGGCAGCGCGAGCGGCAGGAAAUCCUCAACAUCGUCAAGGACAUCGAGAACGGCGACGGCGGCGGCGGCGGCGCCGCCGGCGGGGGUCCGGCCCGGGUGACCCGGGACCGCGCCCUCUUCUCCGAGGUCCCCGUGACUUCCGAGGUCCACUGCCUGAACGUGGGCCUGAGCCGCGUGGCCCUCGCCGCCUCCUCCUGCUACACCGCGUUUCGCCCCCGCGGACGCAAGGCCCCCACGUCGACGCGCGACAACCCCGAUGACGUCCUCUGAGGCGGCGACCGCUCGCUUUCUCCACAAAGACUUCAAAGCAGUCACUUGCUUUUCAUGCCUUUCCGCCACUUUUCAAAUGAACUCUUCAAGGCCUCUGCAGAUUCUCUUCAUUCUGUUUCCAUGUAGGCCACCUCGAUGCUGAGCUAAGACAUUCCCGAAUAAGUUUAGGCAACGAUACACUCCUUUUACCAGAAUCGGUGCGGUGGUCCCCCGCGUCUUCCUCCCACAAAAAAAAAAAAAAAAAAAGCAAAUCCACGUGGAUGGACAGAUGGUCAGAUGGACCACUCAAAGAAAAGAAAAUGUGUUUUUGGAUGUACGGAUGGUGAAUGGAUGGACGAGGACACGACAGAAAUCGAACUACAGUCAUUCCCGGCCGACAGAGCGCACCUGGUUGUAAGCCUCUCCCAGUACGUUUGUAAAGGAAAUACCGUUUGGUACAUACAUACGCCGCAGCCGUGUAAAAGCCGCAAGUGCCCACAUUGAAACACGAGAUAUUUACAAAGAAAGAGUGUUUAACGCUAACGCUAGUGCCGCGCUAACGCUAGCGCCGCGCUAACAGGGCCAGUUAAAGAAGAACUUACCGGUAAAAAUCACUGAGACGCGCCAGGAACACAGCAGCAGCACGCCAGCACAGUGCUAACGCUAGCACAGCACUAACACGGCCGGUAAAAGUCACUUCCUCGGCACAUGUAUUCCACCAGUCUCAUUCUUACAUUUUCUGCUCGAGCGCCCCCUUGUGGCUGUUGGGAAAAGAUGCGCAAAUUAGCCGCAUAACCACAUAAACCAAUUGCCCACAUUGAAACAUGAGAUAUUUACAAAUAAAGACAGUCCAGAGCGUUUAACGCUAACGCUGGCGCAACGCUAACGCUAGCGCCGCGCUAACAGGGCCAGUUAAAGAAAAACUUACUGGUAAAAAGUCUCUGAGACACGGCAAGAACACAGCAGCAACACGCUAGCACAGUGCUAACUCUAGCACAGCACUAACACGGCCGGUAAAAAUCACUUCCUCGGCACGGUCUCACUCUUACCUUUUCCGCUCGAGCGCCCCCUUGCGGCUGUUAGGAAAAAAAAUGCACAAAUGAGCCGCAUAACCACAUAAACCAAGUGCCCACAUUGAAACCCGCAUUGAAACACGAGAUAUUGACAAAGAAAGACAGUCCAGUGUGUUUAACGCUAAUGCUAGCGCCGUGCUAACACUAGCGCUGCGCUAACAGGGCCAGUUAAAGAAGAACUUACCGGUAAAAAUCACUGAGACGCGCCAGGAACACAGCAGCAACACGCUAGCACAGCGCUAACGCUAGCACAGCACUAACACGGCCGGUAAAAGUCACUUCCUCGGCACGUAUAUUCCGGUCUCACUCUUACCUUUUCCGCUCGAGCGCCCCCUUGCGGCCGUUCGGGAAACAAAAGUGCACAAAUGAGCCGCGUCACCGCAUAAACCGCAGGGUUGAAAGCGUGCGAAAAAAGUGGCGGCUUACAGGCCGGGAAUUACGGCAGAUGGAGGGAUGAACGUCUUGACGGAUGGACCGCAUAAACGAUGGAGGGGUGACGGUUGAAGGAAAAGAGAAAUGGAUGAUUGAUGGAUGGAUGAAUGAAAGAAACAGAAAGAAAGCUAGCUUUUUUUUUUUAGCAAACUGAAUUUCUGGAUACUUCCAAAUGUCUUAAAGAAGAUUUUUUUUUUUUUUUUUUAUGAAUUCAUAUUCCGACCAAUAUUCCAGAUUUUGCUCCACCGGGGAUAAUCUGGGAGCACUUUAGCCAGCAGGAUUCCUACGCAGAAUGUCGGGCACGUCUGUCUUUUUGCUUCUCCCCCUCGAUCCUGUGGUUGCACAAAAAAAAAAAAAAAAAAACCGCGUAGAAAUAUGAAUCACGGUACUAGAUGACGUCAUUCUGAUUGUAUUUCAAACAAACACGGUGUCGGGGGACAAAGAUUUUCAUGUUUUUGGGCGGUUAUGAUCACAGAUUAAGAUGUCGUAUUCAAAAAGGGGAAAAAAAAGGGCAAAAAACCAUUUCUUGACAUUUUUAAUGAUUAACUUUGAUUGUUUUGAAGGAUUUGAAAGAUCAACAGCAGGAAAGACGACAAACUCACACGCGAGUUAUUAGUAAUAACUGACACUGAUUAUUGUUUGCGGAAUUAUUUGCUGUUGAUGAACACGCCGUGACGAAUUAGCUGCUCGGUAGACAUCUGCCCGAAAAAACAAAACCCCCAAAAAUAGGCACUUUUUACAGGAUUAAGACGCAGAUGAAUUUUGAUUUGAUUGACUCAUCUUCUGUCAAUUUUGUAUAUGUGGAAGUAUGUAAAUUGAUAAACAACAAUAAACGGAGAUUUCUG